AUGGCGUCCCCAGACCAGAUGGUAGCACAGAAAGAUCACAGAGCCCAGGAACAAGCUACGGCAGCACCACUUGCCCCCAGUGCAGCCGUGCAGGUGGCGGUUCCACGGGUGACCAUAAAAUACUGCACCCAGUGUCGCUGGAUGCUGAGAGCUGCCUAUUUUGCCCAAGAGCUUCUCUCCACGUUUUCAACCACCCUGGGCGAGGUCUCCCUCGUCCCCAGCACAGGCGGCAUCUUCACCGUCACCAUCCUCCACGCCUCCAACACGGAUUCGUCCCCGCAGGAGACAGUUCUCUGGGAUCGUAAAGUCCAAGGCGGGUUUCCAGGUAAAUUACAGUCAAAAAAUGCCCGAUACUUCACCAAGAAAGAAAGCAAAAAAAAAAGCAAUAAGUCAUUCCAUCCCCCCCUCUUCACAGACCUACACAUGAAGCCCCCAAGACAAGGGAACAUGACCCGGCUAAGGAGCUGGAAGCGUGUGAGGAUUGUCGGUGAUAUUCCCUUUGUUUCAAGGUAG